GUGAGAGGAAGGGUGACGUCACUCGUGUGGUUGGUUCGAGGCACAGUUGCCAAACGACUCGGUUUUGAGUAUUCAGUGCUCCCUUAGGCUGCGUGGAUGACAUGCAUUUCGAGUCUCUGCUUAAAUGCCUUGAAAUUCAGGGCUGCUCCGUGCUUCUGAACUUCACAGGGAUCCGGGAAAGUCGAAUUUAGGAUCAGCAAUUGUAACAUUCUGACAAGCCACGAGGGAUUUACACCAAAGAUGUAAUCUUAGCCUCGCUGCAUGGCAACUGUGACCGUGCAAUGAACGGCGGCGCUGUAUGGGAACUGAAGAGCCACAAGGGGGCGCAGUUUUACAAAGAGGCGGUGUUUCCCUGGGAAAGGCGGGGACGAAAAGUCAGCGAACCAAUCGGAAGGCGAACCUGGCAUUUCAGCUUCGGAGGAAUCCCCGCUGAUAUUACAGUGACGUCACUUCAUUGAUCGGUUGCCAAGGGGAGUCAUCUGCCUCCCUGAGGAGGAGGAGGAGUUGCUACGGAUUGCAGGAUGGGCCAAUCCUCAUCGUCCUACUCGACAGUGGCGGCGGCGAAGAAGGCGAAAGGAAAAUCCUCCGAGAAGGCUGCGUCCAAGGAGGCUACGGCAGGCGGGCGGAUGAAAUUCCGCAGAAUCACCAGCGAGGACCGGAGGGAUGACCGGUUCGACUGCGAUAUAACUAAGAAUAAGGAGCUGCCGCGGCUGGCGGAGACGACCUCGGAUAAUAUUAAUACCUCCACACCAGACGAGAUCGUGAUAAAGUUGAGCAAGACUGAUUUGUCUGGCGAUGUGGACUCGCGGCGAGAGGACAGCAGCGGGAUUGCCGGGGAGAAUACUGCGGGUUCCCAGAGUGCGAGCGGCGGCAUUGACAGCAGUGCCGGGCAACCGGGGCUCUUAAACUGCGGGGAUUCAUUGAAGAGCUCCGGGGGGGACUCGGAUUCAGUUAUUACAACUCCUAAAAACAGUAAUAACACGACAGCUACUGCCAAUUCAACAGGAGAGACCUCUGCAGAUUCACAGAGGGACUGUAGUUCUGUGUCGGAACGCGGGGAUCAUGAACGCAGAGUUUUGGAGGAAAACAUGGAAAGUAAAGUAAACCUUUUUGAACCCGGGGCUGGCGUGGAAGCACUCCGGGGAGCCGCGGACACGAAUUCGGAAGAGCCGAAAGUAAAAAAUAAACUGCAGCGGAGUUUGAGACUGGAUGGUGAUUAUGGAGAGGGCAGCAGUAAUAUAAUUUCGCCCGUGCUCGAACCUUUUAACUCUGACCAGGAACAAAACACCAGUCAGCGUCCAAACGUGUCUGAAAAUGCGGCAGACGCCACUAUAAGCAAGGGGUGCCCAGUGAACUCCAGCAGUGAUGCGGACGACGCUUUAAGAUCCACUGGAAAUGGAGAUUCUCCAAACGCAGACCCCGAUUUCCAGUUUGGGGUUACAGAUCAAAUCAGUGAAGUCCCUGCACGCCUGAGCUUCCCCGGCACGAUCCCGCGGCUCAUUGUGACCCGGGAGCCGAGCCCUUGCAGGGAAGAAGGGUUCGGGGGCGGCGGGGACGUUUCGGACUCGCAGCCGGACGUGGAGUCGCCUUGCUCGGACAGUGGGUGCGGGGGGUCCCCGUCCCCCUCCUUGCUUCUCCGCAAGUUUUCUAGCUCGUCGUCCGCCGGCCUGUCCUCGGCUUCCUCUUUUGAAGAGUCGGAGGACGACUUCACCGGGAGCGACAUUGAACCGAACAGCCUGAGCCUGCAGAAUAGCCUGGGGAGCCCCGACGACACGACGGCAAACAAGUCGUGGAGGAAGCUGAAAACCAUGGUGCACUGGUCCCCCUUCGUCGUGUCCUUCAAGAAGAGAUACCCCUGGGUGCAGCUGGCCGGGCAUGCAGGGAACUUCAAGGCGAGUGAAUUUGGGAAGAUCCUGAAGAAGUACUGUGAGUGUGAGCAUCAUUCUCUGGAGGGGCUGAUGCUGGACAGGCUGCGUCCCUACGUGCCGGGGUACUACGGGCUGGUGGAGAAGGAGGGAGAGACCUACAACCAGAUGGAGGACCUGCUGGCUGACUUCGACUCCCCCAAUAUCAUGGACUGUAAGAUGGGCACAAGGACCUAUCUGGAGGAUGAGCUGGUGAAAGCUCGGCAGAAGCCCAAGCUGCGGCCCGACAUGUAUGAGAAGAUGAUCGCUGUGGACCCGGGGGCCCCCACGCCCGAGGAGCGCAGCCAGCAAGCCGUGCUCAAACCCCGCUACAUGCAGUGGAGAGAGACCCUGAGCUCCACCGCCUCACUGGGCUUCCGCAUCGAGGGCAUCAAGAAAGCAGACGGCACGUGCAACACGAACUUCAAGAAAACCAGACACAGAGAGCAGGUGCAGCAAGCGUUUGAGGACUUUGUGGAGGGGAACAUCAGCGUCCUGAAAACAUAUUUAGCGACAUUGAAAGAGCUCCGAACAGAAUUAGAAAAAUCUGACUUCUUUAAAUCACACGAGGUGGUGGGCAGCUCGCUGCUUUUCGUCCAUGACUGCACAGGGCUGGCCCGUGUGUGGAUGAUUGACUUUGGGAAGACGGUGAAGCUGCCAGACUCGGAGACGCUAGACCACCGGAUCCCAUGGGUGGAGGGGAACCGAGAAGACGGCUACCUGUGGGGGCUGGACAACCUCGUCGACAUCAUGGAAGCCAUGGUGCCCGAGUGAACUGCUCCUCUUUUUAAUAACUGGUUAAAUUCCAAAGACCUUGCAGCCUCGGAGACAGACCGGCUCAACACAGCUGUUUCUGAGCACCAACCUUGAGACAAUGUGCCUGGAAUCUCAAAUCAUUCUGAAAGAAGAAGAAACAGAAGGUUUAUUUUGCGUCUGGAGUAUCGUGACCAAACUGUUUUUUAGUUUUUCUUUUAAGAGAAACGAAACACGCAAGUGGCCUUAACAGACUUUUUUUUUUUUAACAAAAAAGGAUAAAGCAAAAAUAUGUAUUGUUCCUUUUUUUAAUUUAAUGUAAGGAUACUACACUAUAACACUGGAAAGCUGCAAGGUUUUUAUAAUUUAUUUAAACAUCGCUCUGCCUGUGUAUUGCAAAAUUGCAUUUUUAUUUGGUAGUUGACAUGCAAAUUACUUCAGUGGGUAUUUUAUGGGUACUUUUGUUUUCCUAUGUGCCGGGUUUAUCCAGCUCUUUACUCCUUGCAAUUUUGCAUGCAUGUUUCUGAAAAUCAAACUGACAAUGCUGCACAAAUUGAAGCUACAUUUGUAACAGCGCUGGUGUGUUUUCUUUUAAGGUAAAAUAAUUGUGCAAAUUGCACCUUGGAAAGAGCUGCUUUUAUAUAUCGGGGCUGUUGUGGGUCGCAGUGUCAGCGUACAAACUAAAAAUCUGACAGAGAGAGGUUUAUACAGACGGUACUUGGACUAAAGCGAAAUUCUAAUGAUCUUGGGCUGUUUUCAUAAGACUUGAACCCGGGCUGUUUUCAUAAGACUUUAACCCAGACUGUAUUCGUAGUGUCUGGGGGCCCUGUUCCCAAAGCUUUCACUCCAGGGCUACUGGUUUGGAUGAAUUGCAUUAUGUUUGAUAUUCUGAAACGGUUCUAUAAGGUGGCUUAUUGAAGACGCAGCGUUUACGCAUGUCACGAUCACAGGAUAAAUAAUCUUGUUAUCCUAACACAAAGUUUUCAAAUGUCAAGACCCAGAGAAUUUGGCUUUUAGUUUUUUCCCCUGUCCUUAAUGAGCCACCGUAGUUCUAUACUUGAUAAUACCUCAUGCGUUAAAGCUUAAGAUCCUUUGCUUCUAAAGUUAGUGUUUUGCUACGCAAGAAGAAACUGUAAACCCCCUAUAACAAGGCAGAUAAGUUCAUAUUAAGCCUUCAUAUGUUCAUCUAAACUUUUGGCUUUUGUUUUUGAAAAAUGAUAAAUAAGUUCCACAGCUUUAAAAAAGAAAUCCCAGCCUGUCAAGUCCAGGGCUGUGGGCAAUGUGAUAACAGCACAGUAUUGUACUGGGUGGUGCUACAAACAACCCUGUGUAAGUCAGACAAGCAUGUUCAUCAGACGUCCUUGUCUGUAUAGUUUUGUGCUGUAAGUGUACAACACCAAAAUACAUUGACAAUUCUUGCUAAAACCUUAAGUGACUUGUUUUCGUACACCAAAUAUGAUUGGAGGGGCCAAAUUCACGCGUGAACUUUGCUGAAAAGUUUCCUCAAUAUAAAGCUGGGCUGUUGUCAUACAGGGCAGUCUGUAGGAGCUCACUGUGAAUGAUUUGCAGGCCUGUGUAUCGUCAUUGGGACGGCUAAUCUGCUGUGUAAAUGAUGCUAGGAUAGACAAGGGGCCAACAAUCACACUGUCUCCCACAUCGAUGUGAACUGGUCAAGCCAAGCUCCUGUGUACUUGCAAAGUCAAUGUCUUUCAACGCUGGUAAACUCAUGCCUAACUACUGUGCAGUUUAAAUUGGGGUUGGAACAAUAGGAUCAGUGCCACAUUAGACAGCCUUCCAUAAAGAGAGGAUUGUUAAGUGCCAUGUAAUUAAACUGGACAUUGGAAAAUCAUUCAAAUACAGCCCCCCUCUGUUGUGAGAGAGGACAGUAGUGUGGCUUUAUUGAAAAGCCAAUAAAACGAAAAAGCAAGUGUGUGAGAGAGGAAAAACUACUGGGGGGAGGGGAGGGGGGGGGGGUCAAAAUGAAUAAGAAUUAAAACCUGAUUAAGAGAAUUGUUUUAAGCUGAUAAACUAUCAUUGAAAAAGGCAUUGUUGUUCAACCCUAAAUGCACUACAUUUAACCUGCUUUAAAAAAAGUACCUCCGAGCAAGCCAUGUGUGAGAUCUCUUGUUGUGCCGAAGACCCAGAAUGCACCUCUGUCACAGGAACACAGGCUCUCUCUGCUGUGCACCUCAGUGUGGUCUUUUCAUUGAGGUGGUGUUUUACAGUCCUUGGUAGAACUACGUUAUCUAAAGUAACAUUCAGUAGCCCAGGAUUAGUGCUAAUGCGAGCGUGUGAAUCAUGAGGAUAGUGUAACAAACUACACAAGACAGGGAAUCUAACCCUGGCCUUCAGUGUCUUUCAUUUACACCCCAUGGGGUUUAUGGCUGGCUCGUGCAACAUUACCAGCUGUGUUCCAUUUCUUCCAAAAAAAUGAUGCAAAUUGUACCUGUAAGUAAAAAGUUUUGAUAAAAGGGGAUUCACUGUUGUGCGAAUUCUGUUAGACCAAGCUUUUUUUGUUGUUGUUUUUAUUCUUUCAAAAUUUGUAAAUAGUUUUAUUUAUUUUAUAACUACCAUUUAAUCCUUUUGCAUUAGGAUUAGGGUGUGGUUCAUUGACAAUAGUAUGUCAAUGAAAACUAACCCUCUGAUUUUGUAAGUUAUAUAGCUGUUUUCCAAAAAGUCUUUCAGGAUUGUAACACUGUCAUUUACUUUAUCAGGGAUACAGAUAUGUUACCAUAGAAAAGAAAGAAAAUCUGAACCAAACCUUUUCAAUAUGUAGUUAGAGUUCAGCACCUCACUGACCCUGAUAAGCACUGCCUGAUGAUGCCUUAGGGAAGGGAGCCCCUAAAAUGAGUGCUAAUAGUCAGCUUCUAAAGUUUGAACUGUGUUUAAAAUCACUGCAUUGAAAAAUCAGCAGUUUAAUCUUACGUUGCUUUGCAUUGACAACUAGGUGACCCAGGCUUUGUAUUAAUUGAAGCCUGUUGUGUAAGCAGUGCUUGAAAAGUCUUGCUUUUUUGGUCCAUAUUACACUAAAAACCACGUUAAAAUCUGGAAGAUUACAUCAAUCAAACUAUUUUUAAUAUCCCACAUACAGUGAAAUAUUGAAUACAUAACUUUUUUUUAUGUAUAGACAAUUUCUAAAGAUCUGUAAGAAAGUUAAAAAAUACAUUGACAAAGUCAUUUAAAAAAUAUUGAGCAUUUUGAAAAGUGCUUCAAAGAUGCAGUAAAUGCACUGAAAGGUCUGCUGCAGUUCUCAGUUGACUGAGUCUAUUGACUGCAGUUCACCAGCUCUGCCUUGCUAGCUCAUUCAUCAGCCAGUGCUAAUGCUCCUGUGUGGUGGGUGUGGUUGCUUUCUCAAUUCCAUCCUUUUUAUACAUAGUUGUACAGCAAGUUGAACUGUAUCAUAGUGUAAAGACUUCACGCUUCCCUGCUCCCUCUGCUGUGACUUUAUUUUGUUCAUAUAUAUAUAUAUAUAAAUUAUAUCAAUUCUUCAAUGUAAAUAUUCAUUGAUUGUUAUAAGUGGUGCUGCCUCAAUAGUCUUUUCAAACUGCUGGGGGAAACUGGAAUUCUGCCUUUCAACUUGUAAAGUCCAGAGGCAUUGUUUGAAACUGUAAGAAACUAAGUCAAGCAGACUCGUUUUGCUUGGGGCCUGCAGUGCACACUAACGCUGAAACGUUAGUCUGUGUUUUUUGUUUUGGUUUUACCUUUCUGUUUUUAGCAUUUUGAAGAUAUGAAUGAUAUCAACAUGUUUUUACAAAAUGCAGGUUUCCAUAUCAUCAUACACAUUGAGGAAGACGUAGUUAUUUUUGAGCAUAUUUCUUAUAUAGGGUACGUAUUUUUCCAAUUCAUAAGCCAGCUGUUUUUUAUAACCUCCACAGCAUGACUGCCCUGUUCAAUUUCAGUCCCAGUUUGAAAGUGAAAAACUGUUGAGAGGGAAUCACCAACAGCUUGUAUUUCUACCUAAUAACAUUAAUAUUGUUGGAGUCUGUCUCUAGCAAGGGAUUUAGCAUGACUUUCAGGCAGUCGAUUGUUAAGAUCUACUGUUUAGACCAUUUCCAUUGAGCCCUGAUCUCAAAACCGGAUGUACAGAACUGUUUACAAGAGGUUUUGUGUUAAUUUUGUCUUAUUUUCCUGUUGUAAUCUUUUCCAUAUUUAUAAAUGUUGUUAUUUUUUGUUCACUGGAACAAUACUGGAAUAUGCAUGGGUUACUCUUCUAUACUGUACUGCUGGGAGAAUUUGACAUAAUAACCGUUCUGUAGCUAGACUACCACAAUAAACUGGAACCUCACAAGUGG